AUGGCAUCCGAGACUGGUACCAGUAUCGUGUCAAAUGAACGGUGUGAUGUAAAUAAUACAAUUCAGCAAGUAUUUGAACCAUUACAAACGGAAACAACCAGUGUAAAAGUGUCGAGAGCAACGUGGAAUAGUGUUAUUAAAGAGUCAAACGAAUUUUCGGACAAUUUCGCUUUGCAUUCAAUCAGGACGCCCACGAUAUUCUCUACAGCGUCAUCGUUUAAUACAAACACGGAAGGGAACGAAUUACGGAAAAACGUGAAUUUCAUGAGCUCUUCUGGUGAUGUGGAAAAACGUAUUAGCUUUAAAAUUGCGGUCAACACUGAAUUACGUACAUCAUCCUUCGAAUCGCACAGCAUGUCCAAUCAAAGGAAUGAUCUGGAUCGUGUUACCUGUAUUUCUGAACAACCAGACGAAAAUCCAGAUCACUGCAACAAUGAAUUAAUGAAAACAUUAAUAGAACCAGUUCAGCAUGCUAUCCAUGUUGAUUUAGCAUGUAAUAAAGAUACAACAGUAUCUAGUGGGCUACACACAUUAUCAAGUAAACUAGAAGGAUGUGUAAGUUUUGAACAUGGCAAUACCCCUCAGUUAGGAGAAAGUCCUCAAAGUAACGGUGAAGUAAUUAGUAGUCCAAGAAGCCCAGAUUAUCCUCCAAGAGUAUCUGAUAGUCCAAAUAGUCCAAAUACAACACUCCCUAGUAGUAUGACAUCACCAAUUAUGACUUCAACUAUUGUAAUGGAUACAGCAAAAUAUGAUUCAGAAAAUACAAACAAUUUAACUGCUAAAGUUAAUAAGAAUCUUUCUUAUUCAUUUUGUGAACAACUGGAAAAAGCUGAAGAACAAGUUGCUGUUACACAAAUAAAAUCAAUAGAAGAAGAAAAAACAGACAAGAUGGAUACAAGUCAUAGAGAUAUAAAAUCAGAACUUAUUGAAGUAAAAACAGAAUUGGUAGAUUCUCAAGAACAAUUAGGUAUAGUUAAGUCAGAUUGGGCUGGUGAUAAUAUACCUACGACAAUGAUUGAUCGGACAGAUACCGUACUGUCUCAUGAUAAACCAAUAAAUUGUAUUGGUACUUCAUCUUCAAGUUCCCAAUCUAAAUCGUAUUCAUCUUCAAGAGAGAAACGCAGUAAAGAACAUAGUGAACGACGUUAUUGCUCGCGAUGUUAUAAACGUAGUAAAAUAAAACGAGCAAGCAUUGGUGUACAGUGUAAACGAGAUCGUAGCAUAGUUUCAUUAAGCAGUAAGCCAAUGUCUCAUCCACUUUCAAAAUCUACGAAUGAAAAUCUCAGGUUAAACUUGCAAACAAAAAAUUAUAAAAUGCUUCACAAUACACCAGUUAAAAGUGAAAUAUUAGAAGGCCUAAAGUACAAGAAGUUCAUUCAUAUAGAAACUUAUCCUAAUGGUGGUGCAACUGUUGUGCAUAUGUAUCAAGAUGAAAUUGAUACACUGUCUCAUGAACAAAUAGAGGAAUUAGCUCAAGAAUAUUUCAAAGUAGUUUUUGGUGAGGAUGAAAAUGGCAAUGCGUAUCAUGUUAUGGGAAUAGUACAUAAUGCUGCAGCAUAUCUCCCUGAUCUCUUGGAUUAUAUGGCAGAUAAUUAUCCUACGUUAACUGUUAAAAAUGGUGUAUUAGGAAGAAACAGUGAUAUAGAAACUACAACUAUGGUACAGUACAAAGAACAAGUGUGUAAAGCUUAUAGCAAUGGUACUGUUAGAUAUGGACCUCUCCACCAAAUAAGUCUUGUAGGCACUGUUCAUGAAGAAGUUGGUGGAUAUUUUCCAGAUCUUCUACAGAAAUUGGAAGAAAAUCCAUUUUUAAGAUUGACUAUGCCUUGGGGUCCAUUAUCUGUUGUUAAGAUGGAUACUCCGCAAGAAUCAAAUGAUGGUCCAAUUUUAUGGAUCAGACCUGGAGAACAAUUAGUUCCAACAGCAGAUAUAAAUAAAAGCCCUUAUAAAAGGCGUAGAACAGGCAUUAAUGAAUUACGAAAUCUGCAGUAUUUACCACGUCUUAGUGAAGCACGCGAGUAUAUGUUUGAAGAUCGUACCAAGGCACAUGCUGAUCAUGUUGGUCAUGGAUUAGAUAGGAUGACAACGGCAGCAGUUGGUAUAUUGAAAGCUGUUCACGGUGGACAUGCUUCAGAAUAUAACAGAAUUACAAAAGAUGUUGUAGCUUUCUAUGCUGGCGAUUUUCCUGAACUAGCCGAAAAAUUGCAGUUAGACCUUCAUGAACCACCAAUAUCACAAUGUGUACAAUGGGUUGAAGAUGCUAAAUUAAAUCAGUUACGUAGACAGGGUAUUCGUUAUGCUAGAAUAAAUUUAUAUGAUAAUGAUAUUUACUUUUUACCACGUAAUAUAAUUCAUCAAUUUCGAACGGUUUCUGCAGUUUCAAGUAUAGCGUGGCAUGUCAGAUUGAAACAGUAUUAUCAAGAAUCACAACAUAAUUCAAGCGUUAGACAUGGACGUGUUGGAAACGAACCGUGUCACCGUAUAAAAGAAAAGAAACCAUUGGAAACCGUAAAUAUAGGAGAUGAACAAAAAGAAAAUACAAACCGACAACGUAUAGAGCAAAAACAUUCUAUUGAUUCACUCGAAGAGAAAAAAGCAAAAGAAAGGGCUGCUGAAUAUCAAGGAAAUUUGAAGAAAUCAGAUCAUCAUGGAAAGCGUAAAGAAGAUCGUAAAAAUAGAGAACAUACAAGACAUUCUUCCAUCUCAAAUAAAAGGAAAGAUUCUACAGAGAAUAGUGACAACUGUUCGGAUCUUUUUAAUAAUAAAUCUACAAAAAAUAGUACAAUAGAACAAAAACAAAGCAGUGAAAAAAGAGAUGAUAAGAGAUCUGAAAGAAGACAUGAAGACCGUCGACGAUCUAAUGAAAAAUCAUCCAGUCAUCACUCUCACAGUAGUAGUAGUAGUAGCAGCAGCAGCAGCAGUAGCAGCAGUAGUAGUAGCAGUAAUAGUAGUCACUCUGGAGAGAAAAAAAAGUAUGAUUGUAGUAGUCAUAAACUAGAUCACAAUCGAAGUCAUCACAAUCGAUCUAGCAGUAACAAUACAUCAAGUAAAGAAAGCAUUUCAAAUGUCACAGAAUCUAAAUCUUCGAAUAAGUUUAAUACUUCGGGAUCUACGUCGAAAGAAGAUAAAAGACGAUUAUGUUCAUCAGAGGUUUGUUUGGAAGAUGAAAAUUCUGAUUGUAAUACUGUUAUUCUUGAACAAACUGUAUUAGCACAACGACAAUUGAUAGCAAAAACUUAUGCUACAGAAGUUGUUGACAAAGCUUUAGAAAUUGCAAUAUAUAAAUCAAAGACUGACGUAGAGGAAGUCUGUCAAUCUUUACGAACUGGUGUGGCAGAAGCUUCAAAAGAAAUAUUAGAAAAAAUUCAUAAAGAAAGUUUUGAAAUCGCUGAACAGAAGUACAAAGAUGAUAAAACAAAAGUAGAACGAUAUUGUCAAUUAUUGGAAGUGGAAACUACAUUGGCGUUCACAUCAGAAAAGGAAUGUGCAACUGAAAAUGCAGUGAAAGCAUUAAUUGAAAUGGCCGAAGAUGAAGCUAAAGAAAGAUCAAAAAAUGAAAAAGUUUGUGUAUUAACUACUGCUAAUUCAUCUGAAGAAAGUUCAGUACCAACAUCGAAAAUUACUAAUUCUUCCUCUUGUUCUUCAAUUACAUCUACAUCUCCAUUAACCGAAACUGAAAGACACAAUAGUAGGAAUGGUAGCAGUGAUGAAAAUUUAUCUAAACUAUCAUCUGAUAUGCAUACAAUGCAGUCAGAAUCUAAAAGAAAGCAUAGAGAUGAUAAAAGUUCUAGAAAUCAGCGGCAUAAAGACAGAAGAGAUCGAGAUAGGCGUGAUAGAGAACAUAAGAGGCACCAUCAUCGAAGUCCUCAGUGUAAUAAGUCUGAGAAUAAAACAGGAGAAACUAAUAAUAAAGAGGAUUCAUUAAAAAUCCUUUCACUGCCCAAAGAUUGUAACAUUUCUAGUAAAAGUACCGAUCGUACAGAUAAUAAAGAUAGUGACAAAAAGUUGGAAAAAAGGCGAGAGGGGCAUCAUAGUCAUGGAAGAGAUGGACAGAAAAAGUCAUCUAGUAGUCGUUCAUCGAAAGACGACACAGCGUCAAGUCGUUCUCAUUCAUCGAGUUCGAAUCACAAAAGAAAGUCAAAUUCAUCUGAGGAACAUAAAGAGUCAAAGAAAAUGUGUGUUGAGAAGGAUAUUGUUACGACAGCAACAGCGGAUCCAAAUUCUCUCGGCACUUCGUUAACUCUGAUAACAGUGACAACAGUGGCUCAGUCAACAACGACAAAUACUGUCGUAUCAACGUGAAAAGGUGAAAAUUAUCUUAAGCUGUAGUACAAUCUGCUUAUUAGAAAUAAAAGUCCGCACAGUCGAGCAUAUAUGCCGACAAUCUCAUAUGUGUGGACUCUAACUGAUUUGGGUAUAGUAUAUUUACAUUAUAUAUCCGAAUUUACAGAAAUAUGAGACGCAUACCAAAAUACAGAGUAUCAUAAAAAUGUGUCAGACAUCAAAGUAGAAAUAAUUGCCACGUUUUAUGCAAAGACCAGUUAGAACUGUUACUAAUUGAGAAUUUGCUACAUCAUCGUUUCCAUGCAA